GAUUACAGUGAAUGAAACGGCGGUGCAGGAUAGAGAGAGAGAGAUAAAAAAGAAAAAAGAGGGAAGCCAUCGCUAUCGAGCGCAGCUAAAAAUUUAACCUCCAGCAAAGCUCCCCACAGGCAGCAGCUAAUUGUAGUUCAGUAAAAGUGCAGUCCUUAUAAUUAGUAUCUCUUCUUUAUUUUUCUGGUCACUCUUUGUGGUUCUAAGCAAAGUCAAUAAUAGUGUGAAUUGAAAAGAGAGUAAUGGCCCAUGGUGGCUACGGUAACCGCAGAGUCGCCGAACGGAAACAUCAUGUUGGUCGGCGAUCUAAAGGAUUAGGCGUAGACAAGAAGCCGAAGCCAAAACCUAAGGCUGUUUCCCUUAAGAAUCAGAUUCGUUCCACUGAGCGCAUGCUCCGCAAGGAACUUCCACCUGAAGUAAGAGAAGCACAAGAGAAAAAGUUAGAAGGACUCAAGAAGCAACAAGAGAUUCAUACUCGUUUGGCUUUGGAACGCAAAAUUUUCUUGCGCGAUAGGAAGAUUAAGUUUUUUGAGAGAAGAAAGAUUGAACGGGGAAUAAGGCGCUUGGAGAAACUUCAACGUGGUUCGUCUGGUCAGCCACAAGAUGCAGAGAUUGCUGAACAGCUCUCUAAAUUGAAAGAAGAUCUUGAAUAUGUCAGGUUUUUUCCCAAGACAGAGAAAUAUGUAUCUUUGUUUACUGGAGGUGAGGACUCGGACAUGGUUGAUAGGAGAAAUAGAUUACGCAAGCAGAUUAAAGCCAACUUAAUUGCUGCUGCCGCCAGUGGGAAGGAUAUGGAAGAGACAGGGAGUGAGGAUGAUGGGCUCUUGGAUUUGAGUGAAGACGAUUUUUUCUUAACUGGAACUUCAAGUGAUGAAGCAAAUGCCGAUGAUGAAUGGACUGAUAAAAGUACAAGGGAACAGGCUUCUAGCACUUCUGGAAAAGCAGCGUCUGGUAUGUCCAGUGAUGAAAGGAAUCAGCGGCAGAUGUCUGCUAGAGCUCUAAUGCCUCCUCCUCGCCCUUCAAAUAACUCUCGGUCAAAUUCAGUGCAUACUCGAUCAAGGUUUGGAGCUUCAUCAAGCAAAAAGCCAUGGAUGCAGAGGUCUGAAAUUUCUACAUCCAGCAAUACAUCAAGUAGCAUAAGUGGAUCUUCCUUUAAAGCAGGGGAAUCAUCAAAUACAAGGACAGGCCACAGUAGUAAUUUAAGUUCGAACUCUGAUGCCCGCAAACCGCGAAGGAAGAGGAGGCCAAAGAAGAAAAAGCAACAGGCAUGAGGAUGAACUCGGCAUUUAUGUAACUUCACUAUAGUCAGUUGAAGUAUAUCAUCAGAAGACAGUAAUGGAACACUUAUAGUUCUGUUUUAACCAUCAACAGUUGUCAUUUUUCUCUUUUUUUGCGGUUAAACAGUGAAGAUUUUGUACUAAGUGGUCUCUGGAAUGAUCAUCUCAAGUAAUCUCUCAACAAGGUGCUUGGUUUAUGUGAAAAUUCUUUUCAAUGGCAUCUGUUAUAAAGUCAAGUUUUUGAUUAGCAUGAA